UGCUCUUCCAGGUCCUCUCCUCUAACUUGUCAAAGCUCCCAUCGCAAAUUGUCUGGGGUCAAAAAGCUCGCAGGAACGAGCAUUUCGGGCAGAAGAAAAUUUGCUUUAUUUUUAACUUCAUCUGAUCUUGAUGUUCUGCACACCGUCUAUCCUACCUAGCUUUGUUGCACUAACUACUGUACAUACACGAAGCUCAGGCUGGUGCUCUUUUCCCCCCACUGAACGCUGCUGCUGAAGCCAGCCGCGAACGACCCAAACAGUGGGGUCCGUCACUCGGGCGACCACCAUCCGCACCCAUCGCCAGCCGCAGCGCAGCCGCAGUGCAGCCGCCGAGCACAGUACACGGUGGAAGAGGCACAUCGCGGCACACAGCAAAAUGAACUCCACCGUCAAGCGCAAGUUCAAUGCGCUCCUCCAGGGCAUCGGCAACCAGCUACCGAACGAGUACAGCAGCGACCGCAGCGACCGCGAGAGCCUGGAUCCCGCAUCGUCGCCACUCUCGCAGCGGUCAUCAGCGCACCCGUCGAGGACGAUGGCGGGCGGCGACAGCAGUCUCGAUCUCCAGAAGAGGCGACGUCUCGGCGAGGUGACGACGACGCCGACGCCCUCCAAGUACGCAACCUUACAGACCACCCCGAUGCGGUCGUCCCCCGCGAGCAUACGCAGCGUUCCGCCGGCAAUAACAACUACAACAACAACCGUCUCGAACGUGACGCUGAGGAAGUGGACGCCCGGCAGUGCCAGUGCCAGUGCCAGCCCCGCGCCCGACCCGAGAGACGGCCUGCCGCCGCCGCCAAAGUACUGCCCCGGCGAUCGCGACCAGCUGCUGCGGCGGCUCGCGACCUUCCAGGAGCUGACCGACUGGGCGCCCAAGCCGGACCGCGUCAACGAGGUGGAGUGGGCGAAGCGCGGCUGGGUGUGCCAGGGCAAGGAGCGCGUCAAGUGCGCCCUGUGCGGCCGCGAGCUGGCCGUCAAGGUGAACCGGAAAGAGGUGGACGGCAAGGAGAUCGCGGUGCUGAUCGCGUCCGAGGUCGCCGAGUCCGUCGUCGACACCUACGUCAGGCUGAUUGUCGAGGCGCACGCGGAGGACUGUCUCUGGAGGAAGAGGGGCUGUGAUGACUCCCUCCUUCGCCUGCCCCUCCCCAACCCCAAGCUCGCCCUGCAAGGUCUCCGCCAGCGCUACGACGAACUGUGCGAGCGCGCUGCCUUCCUCCCUUACGAAUUUAACCUCCGCCUACCGCCGGGUCUCGACUUGGACGCCAUCAUCACGUACCUCCCGCCCACCUUCUUCACCGACCCGCCGCCGAAGCAUCCCCCCGCAGCGGCGGCAGAUAAUAACAAAAACAAUAAUAAUAAUAAUAAUCACCAAGCCAACCCCAACCCCAACUCCAACUCCAACCCCGCCAGCACACCUUCCCCGGCUGCCUCGGCUGCCCCGGCCGAGCCGACGAUCAACCGCCCCGCCCUCGCGCUCGCCCUCUUCGGGUGGCAGUCCCUCACCCACCCGCAGCUCGGCAACCCGGUCCCCAACAGCGCGUCGUGCCACACCUGCCUGCGGCGCCUCGGCCUGUGGAUGUUCAAGUCGCGCGAGGUCGACCCGGCCACGGGCGCCGUGGUGGUCCCCGCACCCAUGGACCACCUCGACCCGCUGCGCGAGCACCGCUUCUUCUGCCCGUGGAAGAACCCGGCGGCGCAGCGGAACCCGGGCGCGCGGUCCUCCUCCUCCUCCUUCUCCUCCUCCUCCUCGUCGGGGCCUGCCGGCAUGGCGGCCUGGGAAGUGCUGGUGCAGGGGCUGAGGAACGAGGCCUUCAUCCGGGAGAGGAUUUCCGGGGCCGGGAGCGGGAGCGGGAGCGCCGCCAGAAGGCGGAAGGAGGCGACGGAGAAGGAAGGGCGGAGGAUCGAGGCUGCGGUCCUCCCUGGCCACGGGAGGAGCAAGAGCAGCGUCCCCGCGCCCGGGGCGGGGUCGUCGUCGUUGAGCGGUGAUGGUAGCGGAGGAAGGGCCGGAGCCGACGACGGGGUGCCUAAGACGCCCGGGCGGCCGGUUACAGCGGGCUGCCAGCCGAGGAUCACGGUCGGGGACGCGGAUGAGGAUUACGAUGGGGAUGGGGAUGGGGAUAGGGAUGGGGUGCGGCAGAGCGCCGAUGGGCUGGAUGACGAGGAGGCGAGGGCCAAGAAGGACAAGGACAUGAUGUCGCGGUUGAGGAGGGUCAAGAGCCUGUUCAACACCAAGACCGGGAGCAAGCUGCGCAGGUUGGGAGGGAGUAGGCCCGGGACGUCGCAUUCGAAUGUCGGUGGUGGGGAGUAGGGCUUUGUGCGGUUUUUGAGUAGCAUGAAGGAAGAGGUAGGGGGAAGGAAGGGGCAGCUACGAUAGAGCCGUGGCCUCGGACACCAUCGUUAUGUCCUAGGCUCAGAAGAACAACGGCGACAAAUAUAAAACCACUUAUAAUCUGGUUGAUGUUAGACGUCCCGAAUUGGGUACCAAAUUGACAAAGCCGUGCUAACCAGGGUCUAUAAUCACAAUGGUGCCUUGAAACAUAAAGGAA